UGGCAGAGGCUGUGGUCAGUCUUCCUCGCACUUACUUGGAAUGCUUUCAAAUCUCCAGCGACCUCGCCUAACCCGACGCGGCUCUUUCUUAGAGAACACUGGCUGAUCGAUGUGCCUCUAACCUCCGUCACUGCUCCGUCUGACUCGCAGCUCGAAAUGAUCAGUAGCAGCGGUGUGUAUGGCGUGAAGAUGCAGUGGACCCCUGAGCACACCCAGUGGGCAGAGCAACACUUCGACAUCUCGUCCACCACACGCUCGCCGUCUCACAAGGCCGAGGGCUACCGCAUGCAGAGGGUGGCCGGCACCAUGACCAGCUCCGCGGCCGCCGCAUACCAGUACAGCUGGGCCAACGACGACAUCUCGGCACUCACGGCCUCCAACCUGCUCAAGAAGUACGCCGAGAAGUACUCGGGCAUCCUCGACGUGCCCGUCAUCAGUGCCGGAGAGCGGGCGCUGCUCAACGCCUACCCGGAUGCGGCUGCGGCAGCGGCCUUGGCCAACGGACCCAACGGGAGGAAAGUAGAGGCCGACCCAUGGGCAGAGCCGGUUGGCGGAGGGGUGUACCCCAUGGGGUGUGAGGUGGCCGUGCCCGCAGGCAAAGUGGGCAUGGCGGCCACGUCGGAUGUGGCGGCAGGCGCUCUGUGCAGCUCGCCGGGCGUGGGCAGCGGCGGGAGCCUGGCCGAGCAGAGCUUCUCCAGCAGCAGCUGCGGCAGCCAGUCGCUGGCAUCUCAGGAACCCUACGCAUCUGCCGCCGCCUACGGUAGCUCCUACCUGCACGCUUCCUCCGGCGGGUACAGCGGGCACCCCUCGCCCCUUCUCCAGGCUCCCCCGCCGCCCCCGGCCUCCCACGCCACCCUGGUGCCCGCGGCCUACAGCACCACAUCCUCCCCGCCGGCUCUGCCCGGGUACAGCUACACCCCCUCGGGCUACGCCCCGCACCACCAUCACCAGGCGGCCUCCGUCGCCCCCGGGUACAGCCCCCCUCCGCCACCACCCCCUCCCCCUCCUUCCUCCUACCUCCCAGCAGGCAUUGCGGUGCCCACCCCACUGGCCCCCUCCACCACCAUGGCCUCGUACUCCUCCUACGCGGCCCCUCCCCACAGCCUGGCCCCCAUCACCCCCACCCCACUCAAUGGCUGCGGUUCAGGCUCCUUGAAGCGGAAGGCCUUCUACAUGGUGGGUCAGGCUGAGAUGGGCGAGCCCUACGGGGACUUCGGCUACUCCCAGCCCCCUCCCUCCACCUCCGCCAGCCUCAGCCCCCUGUACCGGCUGCCCGAGGGUACCAACGGUAACGGGAGCUUCAAGGCCGGCGGUCAGACGUCCCCCUCGGAUGAUCCCCGUGGCGGCGACUUUGGCGGGGGCUCGCUGACGUCGCCGGGGUACGUCGGCGCCUCGAAGACCCCGCACUCGGCCGCCGGCGAGUCCGCGUUCAGUUUUGGAUCGCCCACGACGACGGCCGCCACCAAUGGCUCUCCCGUAGCCGCACAGUCUUCUUCCUCGUCCUCCUCCUCAUCAUCGGCAGCAGCGGCCGAAGAGCGCCUAAAGUCGGUGGACCCGCGCGUGCUGGAGCUGGUGUCCACUCAGGUCCUGCAGCAACAGCACCCCCUGCUGGACUGGGGGGACAUUGCGGGCCUCGAGGCGGCCAAGGCUACUCUGAAGGAGGAGGUCCUGUGGCCGCUGCUUCGGCCUGAUGUGUUCGGGCCACUGGGCGGCACGUCUCCACCACUGCCCCGCGCCCUGCUCCUCUUCGGACCCCCGGGCUCCGGCCGAACCCUGCUGGCGCGCUGUAUGUCCGGCCAGAUGGGGGCGCCGCUGCUGCACCUGCGUGGCUCUGUGCUGACCACAGAGUGGGCGGCAGAGGCAGAGCAGCUCAUCCAGGCCUGCUUCCUGGUGGCCCGCGCCCGACAACCCUGCGUGCUCCUCCUGAGCGAGGCGGAGGCCGUGCUAGGGAGUGGACGCCGCUCACGCGAGGACGCCCAGUCCUCCUCCUCCUCCGCCGCUGCCCGCGUCAGGAGGGAGCUACAGGCCCAGCUGGACCGGCUACUUUUAAGAAACAACAGCGCUGGCUCCGGCAGCUCAGGGCCCGAGGACACUCCUCAAAUCCUGGUCCUGGCGUCGACGAGCCGGCCCGACGAGCUGGACGAGGCUGCUGUGCACCGCUACUUCGCCCGACGGCUCCUGGUGCCCCCACCGGACGGUCCGAUCCGCCGCCAGAUUAUCAGCCAAAACCUGGCGCCGCACAGCUGCUGCCUGAGCGAGGAGGAGGUGGGCCUCCUGGUGCAGCGGACCGAUGGCUACUCCGCGCUGGGGCUCGCCCGCCUCUGCCAGGAGGCCCUGCGGAACGCGGCCGUGGCCGGCGGCAUGGAGCUCCCGCUGAUCCGCCCCGUCACCUACCAGGACCUGGACGCAGCCUUGCGUAGGACGCAGCCAGACGUCUCCCACAAAGACAUGGAUGCCUACGUAGAGUGGAGCAAAAUGUUCGGCUGCAGACAGUGAGAGGUCUUCACAACCCCCCCCCCCUCCCCAUCUCCCAAAUAGACUCUGGAGGAGAGAGACAGGGAAUGAACAAAGAGAGACAAAGAGUGAACAAAUGAACGUAGUGAGAUUGCUCACCUGGGGAAGGUCACAGAAGGGGCAGGGCAGAUAUCAGUGUCCAGUAGUCACACUGACAGAAACAGACCUAGCUUCAGGCUGUCUCCGAGGCCAGGCAUUCGCUUACCUUGAUGCAAAGAGAGAGCUUUGUGUGUGUGUGUGUGUGUGUGUGUGUGUGUGUGUGUGUGUGUGUGUGUGUGACAUAGAGUGUACCAGUGUAUUUCUGUGCUUUCAAUCACGGCUGUUAUGGAGAUUUCAUUUACUCAGAAGUGCCUCAUAUGGUGCUUUUUUUCUUACACAUUUUUGUUUCUUUGCCUCACAAUCUUCAUUGGUGGUGCGCUAAUAUCCAGAGCUUUAAGACAAGUACCUAAAAUCACUGUUACCAUGGGAGACCAUAUUUCUUCAGCCAUUACAUGAAGGCCAACUGUAUUCCUCAAAUGUGUGUGUGUGUGUGUGUGUGUGUGUGUGUG